CCCCAACAGAAGGGAUCCGCUCUGCAGUUCCACCGCACCCGAGGACUUGACCUUGGCACGGCCGCUCCGACGCAGCCCCCGCAGCGCUCCCUUGCAGGAUGGCGAUGACUGACGUGCUCAGCGCUGAGGAUAUCAAGAAGGCUGUGGGAGCCUUUUCAGCAGCCGAAUCUUUUAACUACAAGAAGUUUUUUGAGAUGGUGGGCUUGAAAAAGAAGAGCCCAGAAGAUGUGAAGAAGGUUUUCCAUAUCCUUGAUAAAGACCGGAGUGGCUUCAUUGAAGAGGAAGAGUUAAAGUUUGUGCUGAAGGGCUUUACCCCAGAUGGCAGAGACCUAUCAGACAAAGAGACAAAGGCUCUUCUGGCUGCUGGAGAUAAGGACGGUGAUGGUAAAAUUGGCGCUGAUGCAGUGGACAGACACCUCGUGCUUUUCGGUUUCUUAUAACUAACAGAUUCAAGAAAGUACACAAAGUAGAAGAUUUUCAAUGGUUGCGUGCUGAAGAUGGAACAAAAGGAAAAAUAUCCUAAGUCAAAGUCUUUUACUCAACACAGGUCAACUUCUAAAGCUUUUACAAAUAUUCUUAUUACUUUCUUUAAAAGUGAGGCAUCCUGCAUUCAAAAUUACAACUGGCAUGCCAUGACCUUGCCAUGAGUAAAAGUCAAUUACAACAGAGAAAAAUCUUUUGGAAGUCCUUCUCUUACGCCUCUUUUUGCUUUUUCAAAAAAUAAAUCAGUGUAAGUCAUAAGUCAUUAUAAGUACAUUUGAUAAUGUAGAAAUUGAACCCAGUGAGAGAAAUUAUUCUAAAACUUGUUCUCUGUAAUUAAAUCUGUCGUUUUGGUAAAGUACUACCAGGUACACAUUAGAGUAUAUACUACUAAACUGUACUAAACACAGGGGGGCAAUCCUUCCCUUUUACAUCAGAGAUUUAAUGCAAGACAGCAUGCAAAAUACUGAAAACCCUUUUACUAUCAUUUGUGCAUUUUUGUAUUUGUUUGGAAGGUGAAUUGCAGCUAUAGGAGAGGAUGCAGUCAAUCAGAAAGGUUAUUUCACCAACAGGCCAUUCAAUAGCAAUAAACUGUUACCAAAGUGAGCAACAUACUGGGUGUAGUAAACAGUGCCAUAUCUCAUAAAUUUUGCAUGUAUGGAUAUGCUUUGUGACAAUGCAUCCACAAUCACCCUAGAGUUGAACUAACCUUCACAUGGAAAUAGUUGGCAAAGUAGUUUGCAAAAUCAUUCAACUGGAGCAUCUCUGAAAUAUCUAUAAAGCAUACUGAAGAUACUGGAUAAAGUAUGAAGUGUAUAGCAAUUAUUCAUGAAGGAACAUUUUAUGGCUUUAUGGUUUGGUGGCUUUCAGAAAGUACCCUUGAAAUAUAUUGCCAGCAAGUGAUAAAAUCACUAGCAUAAGGUAGUAUAGAAAUUUUCUUGCUUCAGGUUGAACGACCUUUCCCAAAUACAUUCUGUAGAUAGAACUUGUUUUAAAAAUGGAUUAAUUUAGCAGUAGCAAGCAUGACAACUUGUUCUAAUAGAAUAUGCAUUGUUAGUUUUCCCUUUUAGGAAGGUUUCAUCUAUGGGAGUGCAUGUCUCUCUCCAUAGGAUCUAUUCACACACUGAUUUAAUAACUGCUUUCCCUUCCUGCCCAGAACAGCCUGGGUUUCUAUCACAAGUGGUUUAUGUUAUCUCUUAAAUUCAGUUUGCAGCACUUUUGAUCUAAGUACCCCCACCAUGUACGGGAUUUAUACACGUUUCAUGUUAGGUAAUCCGCAUAACUAAUCCUAAUUUGGAUGUACUUCUUUCAAAAUGAUGGACAAUUGUGGAUUUAAUUUAAACCCUCUGACACUUACUUCUCAGUCUGGCGUGCGAGUGUUUGGCAAAAUAUUUUUGGACACGUCAUCAGAAGAAUUAUCUGUUUGUACAUACACAUCAGUAGAGAUAUCCGUGAGUUAGAGAUUUACAUUUUCCAGUUGAACGUUAGAACGUUCUGUGAAAUGCCUAAUUUUCACCUGCUUUUUUGAGUUGAAAGACAUUGCUCUUUGUUAUGUCAAACUCCCAUAAUUUUCUUCUGAGCUUUUACAGAUGUCUCCCUCCCAUUUGUCACCUUCCUCUCAGCUGGUUGUGUUAAACCCAUAAACUGCUCUAUCUGUAGACCCUCUAAUCUUUCCAUCGUCUUUGUUUCCUUCGCUGGGAUUCCUUUCAAUCUGUGAUUUUUAACACUUUUUGGUACAUACAACUGUGAGUCAUUCAAGUUUAGACAGAGUUAUGAAUGUUAACCUCCAUAGGUAAUACAGCUCUGAAAGGCAUUAUAUAUAUUACACUAUAAAAUUAUCCCAAACUGCAGAUAGAUACCUUUAUGUAAACAUUAUGGGUAUAACGCUAAUAAAAGCCACAGAAUCAAAUCCCAGCCCUCUGAAAUCACAGGGAUUCUUCUCAUCAUCAUCAACGUGGUCAACAUUACUAUGUAGAUUUUUUUACAGUGGAGUCAGCCUUCUGUUUUGUAAUCUAUCAUUUUCAGUCAAUUUGCCAGUCCAAAAUUGAGUUUGCGUGCAAUAUAUUUAUAAUGCAGGGACACAAAUACUCUGAAAGACUCAUUCGCGAGUCUCUUUGCCAAAAUCUGAUAGAAAGGAAAUUUAUCUGACUGCAGAAUUAAAUUUCUAGCUCUUGCCUUCAUCCCAUUGAGAUUUACAAAAGAAAAACAGGAAACCAAUCAAGUUCUUCACAUGAAUAGCAGUAGACAGUUCUGACAGUCUGGCAUGCAUAGCUUCUCUCUCCCUUGCCCUCAAAAACAUAUUUCACUUCACUACAAGAUUUCCUAAGUCAACAGCAACUUAGGAAUUAACUUGAAUUAACUUGGAUUUCUUUUGUUCUUCUGUUCUUGUGAUGUCUCUGCUACAUCAGUGAAUCUGUAAUCAUUGUAGUCUGAUUCUUCUUUCUUUAUAUCUUCCUUCUUUUAACAUUUGAAUCUUUUUCUUUUCUUCUCUUUUUUUUUUCCCCUUUCCAGAAUUUGCAACUAUGGUGGCUGAAUCAUAAAGGCUUUAAGCAAUGCAAACCCUCCACCCAUCCUUCACUGCCCAAUUGCAACCACCUCCCGCUGACUGCUUUGGCUCCUGUUCUAUUUAUUUAUGUUAUUUUAUACUCAGCUCUGUUCUCUGCAAUCCUGCAACUCUGUAACUGUGCUGAAAGACACUGUUAAAAUAAUAAAGGUCACAUCAAUCUGGGCUCCACUCUCUCUCACUAUCACUUGUUUCUUAUUUCAUGUAGUUUUGGCAGACGUUGAGUGAAAAUUUUCUUUAUUUUAUUUAUUUAUUGCUGACACCCCUGCUUCUUUGGGAUAAUUAUUUGGGAUAAAACUUGCACAAAAUGAGUCAUUCAGUUCAGGCUCUGAAUUGUGGCAGAACUGACUGCAUUAUUUUUAAGCCAUAGAUGGAUGCAUACUCAUAGCCUGGAAAAUCACUAGCAAUGGCAAUCACCCAACUUCAUUUGGCAGUUUGUUCUUCUGACUUAAUCAGUUGUUAUAGCUAAAAUGAAUUUCCUACAUGUUAACCUACAUCUUCUUAAUGCAUUCCGGUGACUGCUAAACUAUUUGUAUAGUUUGCUAAAUCUGCCUCAUGCAGGGGGAUUUUAAGAUUUGACAAGAGUAUCAGUAGUUGCUCAUCAUGCACAGGGAUAACUUUGUAAAGUGUUGAAGUGUGAUCACUUUUGAAACACAGGGUAUAUUUAUUAGCAGUGUUAUACAAGUACCUGGGACAGAAAGGAUGCAUUACUCAAAAGAGACAACAUUAUGUAUGUGAGGAAAGAAGCAUCAAGAUUUGGCUGUGAUGCUAAUGCUGACAUUCCCGCUGUUAAACUGGAGUAUCAAAUACGUUUAUAUUAAAAAGUGUAUCUUCUACAACUAUCAAAAACAGUGAACAUCUUUCUUAGAGUUACAUUUAGGAAACUGAGAUUCAGACUACAGAAGCAAGUAGCCAACAGUAAGGCUAUGACAGAGCAAAGAACCAAACGCUUCUUUCCCAAAUCUUUGUCAGUAACUUUGAAACAAAUCUACUGCUUUUUUUUUUUGUUUUGUUUUUAAAUAAAAGUUUAGAGUGGAAAUAAAUCACUUUUAGACAACAUUUCUCCCACAUUGUGACAGAACAUUGAUUAACACCUCAAUUAACAGGAAAGGUAUCUUCCAUUUCUUGAUUCCAAACUACUCCCUGCAGCAAUAAUAUCUCAAUCCACUCUGAUUAUCAUUAAUCUCAUAUUAAAAAAAAAAAAAAAGGUUAAGAUUGAAACUAUCACCACCACGUUGUACAGAGCUCCAUUCUCUGCCACAGCAAUUGCUGAUGCUACUUGCAAACCCAAUAAACACUCCCUAAGUCCAUCCUAGGUUUUCCCUCUACAGUCACUUACAAGGAAGACUUUUUGCUGAAGCUGCUGUUCACCCAAAAGAAAUCCUCUAGUUUUGCACAAUGUAUAUACGGAUCUGAAAAAUGUAUUGAUUUUUAAGUAUCCAAAUAAA